AUGACUGACGAAGGAGAGAUUUUUAACGGGUUUGGUUCGUCACCUUUGGAGCGCAAUCCGUCGCAAUCUGGAAAAAGAACAAAGAAAAGGUGGUCUUUCCACAAUAAUAAUAAGCCAAAUUUGGUCGAUCUUCUUUCGUCCAAAGGCAGAGGCCAGCGAAGAAUGAGUGAUGUUACCGGGGUCGAUGGUGUCCACAAGGAAAUCGAUCCCUACCACAUAUCUCCAGCUCAGUUGUACUCCACGGAAUCUGGCCGGUUGUUUCAUGCUGGAAAAAUCUGUAUUGCAUUGGCAGGAUUACCAGGUCGGGGUAAGACCCAUUUGUCUGUUUCGUUAACAAGAUAUUUGAGAUGGCUCGGCGUCAAGACCCAUUCGUUCCAUUUGGGUGACUACCGUCGUGCCAGUGCGGUUCUGGACCUCCAUCAUGAACUAUUUAUGCCAGAACCAGAAGAACGAGAGGCUAACGAAAUGCGCAAUAGAAUUGUGGAUGAAUGUGUAAACGAUAUGCUUAAUUUUUUCGAAAAAGAUAAGGGCCAAGUUGCCAUCUACGACGCUGUCAAUGCCCUUCCGGAAGACCGACUCAAAUUGAGCCAGAAAUUUCUGUCGGCAAACAUCCAGGUUUUAUUUAUUGAAUCAUCGGUAACCGACGACUCCAUCAUCAUGAGAAAUAUGGAAUCGGCAGCACGCUCGUCUCCCGACUAUGUCAAUUGGGAUUAUGAAAAGGCAUACAAAGAUUACAGUGAUCGCAUCAAAUUUCUAACUCCAUACUACCAGGAAAUGGGUACUAAAGACGCUGAAAAUAGCUUAUCUUACAUCAAAUUCAUCAACUUUGGUGACCGCAUUGAACUCCACAACUCCAACUAUGGCUAUUUGAUCAACAAAGUGGUGUUUUUCCUUAUGAACUCGCGCAUCAAACUGGGAUCGGUAUUCUUCGCCAGAUGCUACAAGAACUCUCUUGAAUAUACCCAAGAUCCUCCGCUUGACGACGAGGGAGACAAGUACGCCCGAAACUUAACCAAGACAUUGUUGAAUCAUUUGGCUAAAGAGGGUAAGGCAUAUGCCAAGCACCUCAAUCAAACCAGCACUGAACGUCCCAAAGUUCAGAGAGAGUACUCGGUGGAAGAAAGACAUCCAGCUGCUGGUGUAGAUGGAGUCGAUGAAAACUCGCUCGUGGUGUGGACUUCUGUCAAAAAACGUACCAUGGAGACCACCAAGUACUUUACUGAAAAAGGUGUGAAUAUAAGGCACCGGAUACAGCUUUCACAAAAAAACCCAGGAGUGGUGGGAGGAAUGAAUGAAGCAGAGAUCGAAAAGAAAUUUCCUUCAGAAUAUGCCCUGUUUAAACAAGAUCCUUAUCACCAUCGGUUUUCUCGUGCUGAGCUGUACCAUGAUCUUGCAAUCAAGAUUGAGCCAUUGAUUCUCGAAAUGGAAAGAAUGAGCGGUGAUAUAUUGAUCAUAGCAGACGAUACCGUAUUGAAAGUUUUCUAUGGGUACUUGAUGUCUUGUUCGUGUUAUGACAUACCGUCAUUGAACUUUUCCACUGACGAGAUCAUCGAGAUCCGGUUCAAUGCCUACUCCAAUUCCGCCAGAGUGAUUCCCAUAGAGAGUAAUUAG